AUGGGGGAGGGACGGGCUGGAAGAGGGGCCUCACCUGGCCGUGGUCAAGGAGCGGCUGCAGCGCAACGGGCGGCUUUGCCCGUUCGCCAGCCGNGGGCUAGGAGGGCGAGGAGGGCAAGGGGGGCGCGGGAUGGGGGAGGGACGUGAGGCUACCAGGCAAGGGAGGGGGCGGGGGGCGCGGCCGAACAGGGGCUGGAAGAGGGGCCUCACCUGGCCGUGGUCAAGGAGCGGCUGCAGCGCAACGGGCGGCUUUGCCCGUUCGCCAGCCGGCACCCUCCUUGUCCCGGGUUGGACGACAGCGGACGCGGACACCCGUUGUUGUCGUGGAGCCGCCUAUGAGACUCUCCUUGGUUUGUUUCCUACCACACUCAGAGUAGGACAAAACAAGCUACAACAGUCAUCAGUUUUUACGUGGAGUCGAUACGUACCCUGUUGCACGUUGCUUGUUGAUAGUAGCAUAGGAAACGGUGGCGUUAUAGCAUGCCAAUGGGGCGGGGGGGGGCGUUUGACCGAAAACCGGCGAUGUCGUGAUUCUGUCCCCGGGUGACCUCCUUUUUUUUUUUGCGAUAAAUGUUUAUCAUUCAUGUCUGAAUGCUCCCUCCAAAUUUCAUGUCAUGAGGAUGUAUGAACAGUCCAGAAUAGACUAUCCAGGGUGAGUGGUGUACGGGGCUGAUUCUUGCCAUAGCGGCACGCAAAAUACCGAAAAUAUACCCAUUUUUGAACAACUAUAUUUUGACCGUAACAACUCCGUUCGGU